AUGAUCACCUUGGUGAUUUUGACCAUCGUGGCCAGCGCCUUGGUAUGGCGAAGGCUGGUACGACGGGGGCGCCGGCCGCUCCCGGGUCCGCCCGGCCCUCCCUACAUCGGGCCCGUUCACAAGAUCCCGUCCAAGACGGCGUGGACGAAGAUUUACGAAUGGAGCAAGGUGUAUGGGCCAAUAUACCAGUUUCAGACCCUUGGGACGCUCCAUGUUUGGAUCGCCAGAGAACCGAUCGCUUACGAGAUUCUCUCCAAGAGGGCCCCGAUCAACUCGGACCGCCCCGUUAUCCCGAAUCUCUCGGACAACCGCAUCAGCGGCCAGUAUCUCGCCCUGCUAGGACGGACAGACACAUGGAUACGGCAGAGGAGGCUCUGCGGCAUAAUGAUGAGCAUCAGCGACCGCGCGUCUCUCCAUGCGUACCCAACCAUGGAGCGCGACCGGUUCCUAUACCAAAUGUGCCGCGACCCGAGCAGCUACAUCGAGUGGGUCGAGCAGUUCACCGCCCGCACCGUCUCGCGCCUCUCCUGGGGCACCGCCCGCUCGGCCCAGGUCCUCCGCCACGUCACGUUCGGCCUGCUCGAGACCAUCAGCCCGUCCGGGUCGCUGCCCAACAAGGUCAACUUCCUCCGCUACCUGCCCGCCGCCAUCAGCCCCUGGAAGAAGAGGGAGCGGGCCCGGCGCCGGAUGGAGAGUCGGCUGUUCGACGCCAACGUCCGCUUCGUCAUCGACAGCCGGGCCCGGGGCCGAGCGAGCCCCAGCUUCAUGGGCACGGAAUUGUGGGAGGAUGAAAUGCGGAAGGAGGAACUAGCGGACAAGAAAUACCAGGAGGAAUACGAGGCGAUGAAGGGAGAGGCUGGCAACGUCGUCGGCCUGAUGGCCAUCGCCGGCGCACUAACCAUCGGCAGCCCCAUCCAGAGUUUCCUGCUCGCCAUGUGCCACCACCCGGAGUGGCAGAGCAGGACGCAGGACGAGAUCGACAGUGUCCUGGAAGGUAGGUGCCCCGAGUGGGAAGAUAGGGACCGGCUACCGGUGCUGCGCGCCGUCGUGAAAGAGGUGAUUCGCUGGCGCCCGCCGGUGCCGACAGGAAUCCCCCACGCCAGCGAAGUCGACGACGUCUACGAAGGGUUUGAUAUCCCAGCUAAGACCACGUUACACGCGGCCGAGUGGAGCAUGACGCGUCAGGAAGACUACUACCCCGAUCCGGAGAUAUUCGACCCGGGACGGUGGCUCGAGGGGGACUCGCCGUCGUAUAGCGAGCCGCUGUGCACCUACCCCUGCCUGGCCGGCUUUUCGCAGUUCGGGUUCGGGCGGCGGACGUGCCAGGGCGUCCCCAUCGUGGAGCAGGACCUGUUCCUGACCAUGGGCGGCAUGGCCUGGGCGUUCAACAUCCACAAGAUGCACGACACGGAAACCGACGCCGAGGCCCGCGUCCACUGGAACGACUACACGCCGCUGCUCAUCGCCAAGCCCGUGUGGUUCCCCCUCGACGCGGCGCCGCGGUCUCGGGACAAGGUGGAAUGUAUGCGGGUCAUGCAUAGGUCGGCGAGGGAGCGGAUCCAGAACGAGCAGAAGAUGGGCGACGUGGACGUCAGCCAGUUUGAGCAGGAGCUGGGGGAUCUGGUAUAUUUCGAAGACGUUGAGGACGAAGUUGUUGAGGACGAAUAUAUAUUAUGA